AGCGAGUGCGUAAUCUGUAGCAGCCAUGGUGUCUCGUAAGAAGAAACUGAAGAACCAGGACUUUGCCAAAGUCAAGCUCAAAGUGGGCAAGUCCAAUGAGGCGGCGAAUGCCACAGACACCACUUUCAAAUCAAGGGCAAUUGUUCUGUCGGGCCAGGCGCUGGGCGAGGAUAAAGGAGUUGGUACGAACCAGAGAAACCUCUCACUGAAAGAGCUUCUCGGUCAAUUGCGUCAUUACAAUGGCAAUGUGCGCAAGGACGCUGUGGCUGGAAUGAAAGAUUUGUUUCAGAGGCAUCCGGAUAUACUGCCCUCAGAAUUGGCCAUAAUCAUUGAGAAAAUAUCGCCGCUGGUGUUGGACGGUGAUAGUUCGGUGCGACAGGCUCUGCAAUCACUCUUUACUCAUAUAUUACAAUCCAUGCCUACGGAGCGCGUGCGGCCCUUCUUCCCCGUGCCGAUGGUGUAUCUGCGGAGUGCCAUGACACAUGUGCGUGAGGAUAUCAGCGUGGCCGCCUUUGACUUCCUGGACAUCUUCCUGCACCAUUCGCCAUCGUUAGUGACGGCCAGUUGCAAGGGACUGUUGCUGAAUUUUGUGAGAGUGCUUGAAAAACCAUCACAGGGCAUGAACGAUGGGAAGGGCAAAAUGUCAGCCACAGGACAGUCCACAUUCAGACAGGCACGUGAUCGACUGCUGGAACGGUUGCGAGGGUUUCUGCAAGAGCUUAUUCGGCAUCGUUCAAACGGCAAGCGUAAAUGGGACGAUAUGUCCACCGACACUGUCGAUGCCGCGCAGAAUGCGUUGACUACGCAUUACGACCCACAACGGGCUGUGGCUGUGGAGGCUUUUUGUGUAUAUCCAAAGGCCAUUCUGACCAAUGCCCUGGGCAAGCAUUCGCUGCUGACGAGCACCUUGGCGGCGCUACAGAAGACCCCGCCCACCACCACAGCCAGUGGAGUGCUGCUGAGAUACCUGAGCAGCAUCUUUUUAACAGAUCGGUAUUCGGAAAUCGAAGACCUGCGCGGCGAUGGAGAGCCGACUGACAUGAGCACUCUCAACACAUUCGUGCUGAUGCUACCGAGACUUCUGUGGAAUCUCAAGGGGGCCCCUGCGCAUGUCAGGACAGCAAAGGUACUCAUCAACGCCAUGCGGGUGGCAGCGCUGCAACACCCGCAGUAUGCGGACGCUCGCGGAAAGAACAUGCAGGCCAUUUCUGCGAUUCUGCAAGUAUCCGUCCCGUCCAAGACAAAGGGCGAGCACCCCCGCAAAGUGUUUGGUCCGUUUAUCCGGAUGCCCCUAGAAUUGCAGCUGCGGUUCCUGGAUGUCUUUGAACAGCCGCACUUCCUAACGGCCCAAUUGCUGCAGAGGUUGCUAGCUGCUGUGCUGCACAAAAGUGUGUCGGUGGACGUGAGCACCUACAUGUGUGAGCUGGUGGGCCGGUCCUGUGCCCGGUAUGCGUCCACCACCAACACCACCGUUGCCUCAACUGACCACACACCAACCGCAGAUCUAACCACAGCCGCAGAUGUACCCGCAGCCCAGUCGCCCGCCACAGUGCCUGAUGCGCUGGUAGACACCGUGGCUGCGUACGCCAGUUACUUUGUGACGCUGACGAUGGGCCGCACGAGUGAUGCGGCAGUCGAGUUCGCGCGUAGCCACGCAUCAUCUCGCAAGGACAUCAAUCUGCAAGCCCUGCGAUCCGCUUGUGCGCCCAUCACGUCCUACGGAGAGGCUCUGAGCGACUGGGUCAGGAUAUCUACCGUAUGCGACACAGUAAGCAAGGUGCUGAUAGGAUUCGGUAGGCAAGACGGGGGGGUAGCACUCAGGCAAGUGUGUGGGUUAGAGCUGGCACAGGUAGUAUCUCAAGGCUUGGUACAGACACUACAACACACCGGUACACCUGUCUGCUUGGAUUCCGCACUGGCAAGUUUGAUGGUGAUAUACAGAUGCGAAUCAGAAUUCGACUUCAGGAUAGCCCAGGAUGUCACAGUAGAUAUCACACUUCAGGUGAUGAGUCAUGGUUGUGCGGUGGGCAACGGGCACUAUAUGGAGCAGUUUGUACUACAGUACAUCCCGCUGGACGAUAUCAAUGCCUUGUUGCGUCGCGCACUGACCAUCUUCGAAGAUCAAAAUUCUUCGGCAGAUAUCAUGAAUCUACUGGGCGCAGUGACAAAGACACUCCAGAGCACUCGUCUGUUGGAUUUGUUGGGCACGCCUGAAGUCAAGUCGACGCUGCAACUCAUAGCACAGACGCAGGCGAGCGAACGGGGUGACCACGUGCGUGCGUUCAGAGCUGCACUGGCACUUGUUUAAAGACUGUGCUAGUAGUACGGACGUUGUGCGGUUAGAUUAAGAUAUAUAGGAGAAUGUGGUGCUGUGCCGUGUCCUCCUAGCAAUACACAGCAAGCAAGCAAUACCGGCCAGAAUUCAUGUUCGUGUGCCUAGUUUAACCGGAUGUGGAAAGUAUCCGAGCUUAUACAGGACAUUUUCUCCAAAGUAGAUUUCAUAUACCAAUCAUAAGCGGAGAUAAGCACAUACAAAUCUUGUAGUGCAAGCGAGUCUAAAUUGAGCGCUAGAGUGUUGCUGUUUGUUUCGGCGGAGGCAGCCACUUUAGGAUAUUGCUGUGUAGCAAGCUCGAUUAUUGGAAUGAAGGUCGAGAUGAGGGAUUGGUAGGCCAGGUGUCUUUCCAAUCUUUGGCCCUUAUAAUGGUGUGAACUUAGUUAUCUGACACAACUGGGUUCCCUACUUCGAGGCAUGUCCGCUCAAGGUCUUGGCAACAAUAGGGGAUGGCUUGGGAUGUGAUGUAACUGUCAGACAUCGACAUGACUGCGGAAUCGCAUUUCGAUUCCCCAUCGAAUAGCACCGGUUAAAUCUGAGGGGUCGAUGCGUGAUCUCGUCGAGGUUGAUUUCACAACAGGUGAGAAAGCAUCUUGAUUGUUUGUUGAAAAACACACGGCGGAACACGCCGGCACCGGCAAGAAUGUCUACUGAGGCGCCAUUGAUUGAAGCGCAAGAGUAUUGAACGGCGCAGGUUGAGGUAGUCUACUCAGAUAAUGCCGAUGAAGCUCUGAGUUCUACUGUUUAAUGUUUAGUAUGAGGGAAAUAUCCCUAAAUACACACUUCCGUGCUGGACUGCUGGAAGCCACGAAAUACUCAAUCCAACAGUAGGUCGAGGCAGUCGUUCAAUUCUUUCUGUCGAUGUCGUUACAUUACAAUAAAUAUAUUACGUACUGCCU